CUCACGCUUUCUCUCUCUACCCCUUGACUACUUUCUCUCCCUACCCCUCACUACUCAAUCAAAUCACUUUAGGUGAAGAAGAUUUUGAGGCUUCGAAACAAAGAAAGCUGCUGCGACGCUACUGAGUUAGAAGAGAGCGUGUCGUUGCUUUCGCGCUGUACUUUCCUUUUCUCUCUCUUAACCCCGUGUCUUUCUCUCUCUAGGAUUUCGAGAGUUUCACCGGCUCUCAAGAACUCUGGGCAAUCUUGUCUCUCUUUCAGGAGGAAACCAGGCCCUUUAUGACUGAUAUUUUAGGCAAGGCACUGUAAGUACUCUCUCUAUAAAAUUGUAAUACUUUCUCUCUCUGAAUUGCCAUAGGUUUGUUUCUCUCUCUAUGAUUCAGAAUAAGGAAAGCUUCUUAUUAUAGAAAGAGAAACUGGAUAUCUUCUAAUUCCAGUUAGGGGUUAGAGAGAGAAAGAAGUAAGAGUUUCCUAUCUUCGAAUUCCCAAAUAAGGGUGAAAGAGAUAGAGAGAGUUCUGAUAUUUUCUAAUUCGAGAGGUGUUAGAGAGAGAGAGAGAAAAUUGUUUUCAAUCCUGUAAUUCUUGACAGGAUUGAGAGAGUAGGGUUCUAGAGAGAGCAUGUAGCAUGCGAAAGAGGAGAAGAAAGAGAGAGAAUGGAUCCAAUAAGUGCAUCAGCUCAUGGCCACUCGCUCCCGCCUCCCUUCCACACCAGAGAUUUCCAUAGCCAUCACCACCACCAGCACCAGCACCUCCACCAUAACUCGGAAGAAGACCAGAGUGGGAGUAGCGAUCUCAACAGAGGGAAGAAGCGAGAUCAAGACCCGAACACCCCAACGAAUAACCAUGAAGAGAACCAGAACGACUCGAACAAGGAGCUGCAACAAUCAGGGGGAGAAGGCGAGAUAUCGAGGAGGCCGAGGGGCCGGCCGGCCGGCUCAAAGAACAAGCCGAAGCCCCCCAUCAUCAUCACCCGGGAAAGCGCCAAUGCUCUGAGAGCGCACGUGAUGGAGGUGGCCAGCGGCUGCGAUGUCGGGGAGAGCGUGGCCAACUUUGCCCGCCGCCGGCAGCGUGGGGUUUGCAUACUGAGCGGGAGUGGCACCGUCACCAACGUCACGCUGCGGCAACCAGCAGCACCUGGUGCCAUAGUGACGCUGCACGGCCGCUUCGAGAUACUUUCGCUGUCGGGGUCGUUCCUGCCACCGCCAGCACCACCGGCGGCCACUGGGCUGACAAUAUACCUGGCGGGAGGGCAGGGGCAGGUGGUGGGGGGCAGCGUGGUAGGAGCGUUGGUGGCUUCGGGGCCAGUCAUCAUUAUGGCAGCAUCGUUUGGGAACGCGGCAUAUGAGAGGUUGCCUUUGGAUGAGGAUGAGGGCGCAUUGCAGGUGGCGGGUGGGGGCGGCGGUGGUGGGAUGGGGUCUCCGGGUGGGGGAUCUCAGUCGCAGUCACAGUCUGGGCCGCAACAAUUGUUGAGUGAUCCGAACGCUCCGCUCUUCCAUUCACUUCCGCCCAACCUUCUGAACAGUGUUCAGUUGCCACCUGACGCGUAUAGUUGGGCCACCGGCCGCCCUCCUUAUUGAAACCCUAGCUUCUCUCUCUCUAGUUCUUCCAUUUCUUUCUCUAACUCAUUGUCCUCCCAUUCUCUCCCUCUCAAUCUAACUCACUUCCAAUUCUCUUUCUCCCUCUUUUUCUCCAUUGAUCCCGAAUUUCUCUCUCACCCUUGCUUCGUUUUCUGAGAAGGAAGAAUUGGAGAAUAUUUGGAGUGGAAGUGAUAUUUUAUGGGGAUGAAAUUCAGUUUCAAGGGUGGGAUUUGCAGGAAAAUUCACAAGUUUGCCAUCGGAUCGAGCGCCCUCCUUUCCUUGUCUUCUCCAUUACGGGACCUGUAAAUGCUCCAUGGUAAUUCUCACAGUAGUUUAGAGAGACUGAAGAGAGAGAAAGAGAGGACGUCCAAGUUAGAGAGAGAAAGCUGGAAGCUUGGAAGAAGAGAGGAGCUCGGAAGUGGAAGAAGGAAGUUUCAUUUGUGGUAUGCUGAGUAGAACUCGGAAGGCUGCAACUAUGGAGGGGAAAAGAUUUUAAGUUGUCAAUUGAAAUGGGUACUCUUUUCAGCUCUUGUAUCUUGACUUAUUUUUCUUUCCUUUAAAAACAGUCUGGUUUUUGGGCUAUGCCUUCAAACUCUCUCUCUCUCUCUCUUACUUCUUGUUCAUUGGAGCUUCUAAGUUUCCCAAUUCUGAGAUAAAAGUAAGAAGGAAAACUCUUGUUUGAAAUAAUUUUCCCUCUGUAAAUUCUUCCACGGACUGCAACUUGAACGAUGAUGGACCCAAAAACCUCAAACGUACUCUGUCUCGAAACCCUAACUCCAUAGAUUGAUUUUCACCAAAAGGAUGAAAAUCUCAAUCUAUCUCUUCCUAAUAAUUAUGUCCAUUGAACAUUUAGAGAGAAGAGUCGAAUUUGCAGGAGUCUAGAGAGAGAGAGAGAACGGUUUCAACCAUAAGUAUCAAGUUAACUAUAGAGAGAGAGAAAGAGAACGGCUGGUGGUGGCGAAUUAGCUGCAUGCAAUUUGGCAGAGGAGUCCAUGCGGUUAAAACACUUUCUCACUCCUCUUACGUUAGAGAGAGAGAGAGAGUUGGAUGUGAAUGGGUGAUAUUAUUAGAUGGGAUUGUGUC